UAGUUAGUCAAGCAAAAUGAAGCGGUUGCUCUUUCUAGCGUUGUUGGCGGCUGCGUGGGCUCAAGAGGAAGUGCUGCCUCUGGCGGAGCCUUGUGACCCCGAGGCUUGCCAGCUGCCCGCCUGCAGGUGUUCUGGCACUGACAUUCCCGUUGGAUUUGCACCGCGGGAUACGCCACAAUUUCUCAUGUUAACUUUUGAUGAUGGCGUGAACGUCGUCAACAUCGAAACCUAUCGCAACCUCCUUUACGGUCGUCGCAACAGCAAUGGCUGUCCCGCCGGCACUACCUACUACAUCAACCACGAAUAUACUGACUACACCAUCGUGAACGAGCUGUAUAACCAAGGUCUUGAGAUUGCACUCCACUCCAUAAGCCACCAAACCCCUGUUACCUAUUGGAAUGAAGCUACCUACAAUGACAUGAAGUUGGAAUUUGCAGACCAGAAAGUUCAAAUGUCUCAUUUCGCUAAUAUUCCAAUUGAUACGAUUAAAGGUCUCCGCAUCCCAUUCCUGCAGAUGGCUGGAAACGCUUCCUUUCAAGUCAUGGCCGACUACGGACUCGAGUACGACUGCUCCAUGCCUACCGUCAACCAGAUAAACCCUGGUCUGUGGCCGUACACCCUCGACUACGCUUCUACCCAGGAUUGCGUUAUUCCCGAAUGCCCCACUGCAUCUAUUCCUGGAGUGUGGGUUCUGCCUAUGGUCAGUUGGAUCGAUUUGGAUGGGUUCACUUGCUCGAUGGUUGAUUCUUGCUACAGUGUGCCUACCCUGACUGAUGAAGAAGCCUGGUUCAAGUUCAUAGUAGACAAUUUCGAGAGGCACUACACGGGCAACCGCUCGCCUUUCGGCUUCUACAUCCACGAGUGGUACAUCGCAAGUUACCCCGCCGUCUACAGGGCUUUGGAAAGAUUCUUAGACAUGGUCAACAACCUACCUGAUGCUUUUAUGGUAAACUCGGCUGAAGUGAUCGACUGGGUAAAGGAUCCCGUACCAGUUAAUGAAUACAGGAGCCGGCCCUGCAGGACCUGGCAGCACACCACUUGCCCACGUCAGAGCUGCGGCCCUCUCACCUCAGACCACAACGAAUGGGGUGCAUUCUGGAUGCAGAUAUGUAACACGUGUCCAAACACGUACCCAUGGUUGGGAAAUCCUCUCGGUCAAUAGAAUGCAUUAUGGACCUGGGAGAU